GCACCAAUAGAGAAGAGGGGGAAAAUAAGUAGCUUGGUUAGUUAUGUGCAUUUAUAUGUGUUUUUUUUCCCAUGACGGUAUAUGAAUUUCGGUGCGUGUCUGCACUGCGAAAAUAAUUAAAACCACUGACCUCUCCGCUCUCUGGGUGGUGGAGGGGGUCGGAUGUGACAAAAAAAAACAUUUGUCAGGAAGAUACCUCGCGUAAGGGGGCACGUAGCCUGAGUGUGAUGAGGCAGGAGCAGCCCCACGGUCCAGAUAAACAAAUAUAAACAACCAGUGGAUCAGCCGAGGGGGCGGUCGGACGGGGGCUAAAGGGGUUGUCAGCGGGAGAGAGACGACAGCGUUAACACACGCAUCCCGCUUCCUUGCGAGGUUAAGCGUGUUCUGCUUGGGUUUCGGACGCCAGGAGAAAGCCAGGCGGGCUAAAGAGGCAUUCGCCAUCGCAACCUGCUAUAAAUAAAUUGAACGCGAGGACAAUUUGGUGAAGAGACUGAAAGACACCACCCGCCAACCCCCUCCCUUCUGGAUGUUUAACGUUUGCUUUCUGGCUUGAACAACACCAACGAAAGAGGACCGAGUAAAGGGACAUGCUUUUCGGUUUGACACCCCUCGGUUUGAAAAUAGCCAACGUUGGCUAACUAGCUAGUUAGCAAGCUACGCGCAGCCAAGAAGAGAAAGAGGCAACUGGCUAUCUGGUGCUAGCCAGCUAGAGGUAGCUAAUGUAAGCUAUCACAGAGUGCUUUGUUUACGUUGUUGGACAGCUUGACUUAUCUGAACUACCUGCUGUUAGCUAACUUAGCCUGUAAAGUUAAUGUUGAGCUUUCCACACAUUCAGCUCUAGCUAACUGUUAUUACUAACGCUAUAUACCGACAGCUAUGACUUUGAUUUAAUUGUUAGCUAAUACAUUUUGCACAAAACGCAUUUUAAUAGGACCGACUGUCGAAAAGAGCUGGUAGCUAACGUUGACAGUAUUUUUAGCUGUGAGUUAGUUGACUUCAGUGCCGAGAGCUUGCAUAAAAAUAAACAAUUCAAUUGAAUUUGUACUUCAGUUGCCAUUUUACAACUAUACUAGCUAAUCAUAACUAUCGUUAAUUGUCUACAGGUUGUUGGCAAGAUUUGCUUGUUUUUUUAUUUUUCUUUCCUAGCCGAAAAGGAGUGUGCUCACUGGCACUCAACAUGAAUGAGUAUUUUACGCAUUUAAUGCGCACACUACAGUGACAUCUUGUCCAAUUUAGCUAACUAGUUCUAUUUGACAGAUCUAUAGUGUAUUAAACAUUAGAUCUUAUUUAACGUGCAGUAGAACUCUGCUCAACUGAACUCUGCUCGUCCAUGUAUAUGACCUUUUUGGAAGUAUAACACUUAGUGGUCUUUGGAUCGGUGCUAUCUUUUCCAUUGGUUUCUUUUCACUUGCACGGCCACUACUUCGUUUACUUGACUUAUUUUUUUACCGUCGUUAAAAUGCCAGCGGUCAAACAAUCAGACUUGAGCUAACUCAUCAGUAAAUCGUCGUACUUAUCACUACAUCAUCGGAGCUGCUGGAGCAUCCGUCCCUGGCGAAAUUACGCCUUAAUUUGGAUAACGUUCCCCAGCCCGUCCCCGCUUCCUUCACGCCCAUUUCCGUGCGUCGGUUUGGGGCCCAGCGGGACCGCCAUGGCGCAGCAGCAGAUGCCGAGUUCGCAGAAAGCCCUGAUGCUGGAGCUGAAGUCCCUACAGGAGGAGCCGGUGGAGGGCUUCCGCAUCACUCUGGUGGAGGAGUCCGACCUCUACAACUGGGAGGUGGCCAUCUUUGGGCCCCCCAAUACCCUCUAUGAGGGGGGCUACUUCAAGGCUCACAUCAAGUUCCCCAUCGACUACCCCUACUCGCCCCCCACUUUCAGGUUCCUCACCAAGAUGUGGCACCCCAACAUCUACGAGAAUGGUGACGUCUGCAUCUCCAUCCUGCACCCCCCGGUGGACGACCCCCAAAGCGGAGAACUGCCAUCCGAGCGGUGGAACCCCACCCAGAACGUCAGAACCAUCCUGCUCAGUGUGAUCUCCCUGCUGAACGAGCCCAACACCUUCUCCCCGGCCAAUGUGGACGCCUCAGUCAUGUUCCGCAAGUGGAGAGACAGUAAGGGCAAGGACAAGGAGUAUGCUGAGAUCAUCAGGAAGCAGGUCCUCUCCACCAAGGCGGACGCGGAUCGGGACGGGGUGAAGGUGCCCACCACGCUGGCCGAGUACUGCAUCCAGACCAAAGUGCCUUCCCACGACAGCAGCUCCGACCUGCUGUACGACGACCUGUACGACGACGACAUCGAGGAGGAGGAGGAGGACGAGGAAGACGCCGAGGCCGGCGGGGGCGUGGGCGGCGACACGGCCGACUGCUACGACGACGAGGAAGACUCGGGCAACGAGGAGUCCUGACCUUCCUCCUCCCUCCUCCUCCUCCUCCCUCCCCUGCCCCCUGCUCCUCCCCAAACAAAUGCACACCCCCCCCCCUCCCCUCCCGAUCCCCCGAUCGCGUAUUCGCCCUGCCCUGCUCGCCCCUCUGUUCCUCUCCGGAGCCCUCCCGUUCCAGCACGGUCUCAAAUCCACCAGCUUAACUGCCAGCCAAUCCCACCGCUGCCUGGGCAGGGGGGCGGAGCCUCAGCACGCCAAUGCAAUCCGGGAGGGCACGCCCGCUCCUUCGUCCCCCACCCCCCCACCCCCCCUCGCUUCCACACCUCAGGAUUUACGCACUCGUGGGGGUUUCUGUUUCCGUGACGUUUCCGCUCAUUUUCGGCUGAGGUUGGUCAUUUGGCGGAUAGCGGCAGAACCUUCCCAAUGGGGGAAUGUGAGCUUCGUUCUGCUUUCAGUUUGAAAAUGUUCUGCUUCUAAAAUCCCAUUACCAGAAGCUCACCUGUGCGUCGGGUUGUGACUCAGUGUGUAAACGCAGCAAGCUAACAGGUAGCUAGUGAUCUGGUUUAAAGGAGACGAAUGGUUUCCCUCCCUUAAGCGUUUAAAGUUGACUUCUGCAUCAGAUUUUUGUUCAUUUAGUUUUUGUUGGCUGUUUUGAUCAUAUAAAAAUAACGAUGUCAUCCCUCCCUUACCUUAUUUGAACCUUAAUGUAGUGUCCAUUCCUCCUGUACCCCUCCCCCCCCCCCCCCCCCCCCCAUACACACAGAUGGGCAGCAGGUGCGCCACAGGUCUCCUUUCCCACCCCCGUGUCCCCUAAAACAACUGUUCCCCCAGGAACCCCCAUCGCCUCCUUUGCAGCAAUGCAUUUUGGGUAGGAGAGGAACAGGAUCCCCCACCCUGGACUCUGCCAAGGCAGAGCCGUUAGCCCAGAAGGUUCUGGGAUGUGAGACUCAUCAGCUGGGGAUACAGUCUCUCCAUCCUCCCCCGAUCCUCACUAGUGUGAGAACACAACACACGCACCGGGAACACGCUUAACCCCCCCACCCCCCCGCGUACUGUCACACGUGUGCGUGUCUACCACCCUCUCCAUCCUGGGACACCCGCUGCAUGUGAGGUUUCAUUUGCUUCCUGCCCAUGUCUCCUCUUCCCCCUGUGCAUCGCUUGAGCCGGGGAGUAACGGACAGGAGACCAUUUUAAACUCCUCUCUCCCCCGCCAUCACUUUCAGCUCCUGUGUGUCCGCCAUGUGUGGGUUUAUAACAAAUGGGGAAAAAAUAGAAAAUAAAAUAUCCUAAGAGAAAAAUCGAGGCGCUGGUGCCCAGGAGUGUUUUGGCUGGGGAAAAAUGUGGAAACUGCUUUAGAGACGCAAGGCAUCCUGGGAAUUGUAGGCCAAAGACUGCAUGUCCAUUUUGAGGGCUGGGGUGUGCGUUGUGUGGCAGGAACAGGGGUGGGAUUUCAGUCCUUUGAUGUGUGAAAUUGUUUGGGGGGCGGGUGCUCAGGACAACCUGUGAUUGGGCAUCCUGCUUGUCCGCCCGGCUGACUCCGCCCCUCUGGGACAGUGCAGUCUGAGCCUUCCUCACUCCUCUUCCUCAGCAGCAGCAGACUCCUGCUGCGGGAGAUUCACACAGACUUUGAGAAAAGUGCAGCGAGCCAUACAUUGUGGACAGCCAGAAAUUGUGCAGUUUUUUUAUUUGUUUGUUUUUUGUUUUCCAUUUAGGAAGUCUGCACUAUUGUUCACUGGGAUGUGUCUGGGGUGGAAAAUUCAGCUCUCAUUCUGUUUAAGAUGGAAUGCAUAAAAAGAUGAAUGGGGAAAAAAAAAGCAAGCCUCCAUUAACAGCCCCCUGUACCCUCUGGCCCCGCCCAAUCCACUGCCUGAGUGACAGGUGGUGUCGCUGGGCAGAGGGGGAAAUGCGGGUGUUCAUCUGUCCUUCUUUCCGUUUAUUUCAUUUCUCUUCCUGUAGUGUUGUGAGUGUGAGAUGGUAAAUUAAAGAAAAACUCAUUCACUUAAAAAAGUAUGAUCAUGACGAUAAAAAAUAAUGCAAUUGUUUUAGAGCUCUUAUGUUUUUAUUUUCUCUGAAUAAGUGGAGAGGUGCUGGAGAGUUGCCCAGAGGAGUAAUGAUGAAAAUGGUGGCUUCUGGAGAAACUGGCUGUGUCACACUGUGGACCUGAUAGAAAGGCUUUCACUGAAGUGCAGAAGAACAACUGUGUGUAUGUGAAAUGUGUUUUCCUCAAUGUGAAGCGUGGAUCAGGUGGAAGGUGAGCGCUCAUCUUCCCCUGUGCCGUCCAUGGUUGCUCUUCUGUGCUACUUUGACUUUUGAGAAACACAUUUCCUCCACAGUUCAGAAAUACAACCUCUAGAAAGCCCAAAAAAUGGAGUAGAAAUGUUGAGGAAACGAGCCAGCCUUCAACUACCGAACACCAGAAUCCGUAGAAGCCGCUCGUAAUGGUGGAGGUGCCCCUCCUGCGUGCUGAAACAUCCGUGACAAAGGGGUGGGCUUUGAUCCCUGUCCAUGACAUCACUCUUACCCGGUGACAUUUGCAGAGAUUAGCUUCUGUUCUGCCGCAGACUCCCAAGACGGGCAUUGACACGAGUCCUGAGAUAAUGCAUGAAAAGAUUUGUAGUUGGCCAUUAGAGAGGUACUUUAUGUAGAGAUUUUGGGGGGAGGGGGGCAAUGGGUGACUGUUUUAUGGGUCUGGGGAGACGCUGUAUGCCCUGACCCCGUGGCCCGGUCAAUGGCAGCACACAUUAGCACACCCCCUACCAUAUACAGACGUGCCAGGUCUCCCCAGCUGAAGCGAUAUGCAUGGAUCUUGAUGAUCGUAGCUCGCUGUAAUGCUUUGUGUGUAAAGAGUCUGUUUCUCUGCACAAUGGAUUAAAGUCCACGGGCUGACCGGGGAGUGGGGGGUGUUCACAGAAAGCGAUGCAGUAUUUGGUUCAUGCCAUGUUCAGCAAAACUGAUCUCCUGUGUUACAUUAUUUUCUUUUUUUAACCAGUAUUGUAAAGUAAUUCAGGAUGUGUAACAAAAUGCAUCCUUCCACUGCAGGUGAGACUGAUGAAAAUAUGCUCUACAAAAUCUGGAGUUUUGGGUCAUUUUUUUGUAAAGGUAUUUACUGAGUGAACAUGUUACAUCUAGCCUGGGGGUCAAAGCAGCGCAGCGAUUCAGAAAUUAAACCUCACAUUAAAUAUUG